GUUUAUCAACAAAAUAUUAUUGUUAUACUUUAAUCUUCAAUUAGAGCUUGCUUUGAGAAGUACUUGUAAAAAAUUAAUUCAAGGCCUGGAAUCAUGUUUUCUAUUGGGAUAAAGUUAGCUCUGGGUCUCCUUUGCUUAAUACCAAUCUCUCUGGCCUGUUUAGGGGACGGAUGCAUUUAUGACAAGAUGGAAAACCGGUUUUUCUGGAUCUCUGAUCGAGCUAAGUCGGAGAUAGAGAGCGUAAAAGAUCAUGGGGGCCCGAAGGCAUACUGUAAUGCUCUAGGUUUGGCAGUGACUGAUCGGGGUAAUUCACUCUGGAUGCGAGCUGAAGAUUUACAAAAGAAUGCUGAGAUGUAUGAACAGAAUACUAAACCUGCCUACUCCUCUAAAACUAUUUGCCAUGAGAUGAUCUGGAAUUGAACCCUGAGAUUUGAUAGCGUCAAUCUUUCUUUUUCUGACCUUACUGUUCUUUUAUUCAUAAUUCCCAAGAUUUUACUCGUUUCUUUAAAAACGUUUUAAUUGUAUGUAUCUUAAGUGUUUCUAGACUGAAAUAUAUAGAAUCUUUAAGUA